AUGCCAUUGCAACAACAACCUCCAUCUCAAGGCACAACUUCAGAAUGGGAAAGGCUUUUGCACAGCUGUCCAAGACCACAUCAGACUACAUUUAAAAUGCAGAUGCCUUCAGAGAUGAAACACGAGCAUCAUUCCGGAAUCAAGAAGCUUCGAUCCGGAACUUGGAGACUCAAAUUGAAGUGGGAACGUGAUCCAACCUGUGGAAAAGCCAUAGUGGAGAAGAAGAAAGAAGCAGAACAUGUAGCUGAAAAAGAGAAAGAAGAAGAUGCAGAAGAAGCUGAAAAGAGCAGUCCAGAAAAGAAGCUCUUCAAAUGGGAGAAAAAGAAAGCUCUGGACCGGCAACCAAAACUGGCAGAUCUGUCUCCCUAUGCACGAGUUCCAUACCCACAGCGGUUGAAGCAAGAAAUCCAGAAACAACAAUACACCAAAUUUUUGGAUAUCUUCAAGAAGCUGCAAGUGAACAUUCCGUUCGCAGAAGCCCCGGAAAGCAUGCCGAACUAUGUGAAAUUUAUGAAAGACCUUUUGUCAAAGAAACGCAAGCUGAAGGAGUGCGAAAUAGUGGCCCUAACAGAGGAAUGCAACACAAUCAUCCAGAAGAAACUUCCUGCCAAGCUGAAAGAUCCAGGCAGCUUCAGUAUCCCUAUAGCCAUAAGAAAUAUUGAAGUAGGAAAAGCACUAUGUGAUCUGGGAGCAAGUAUAAACCUGAUGCCGCUAUCCAUGUGCAAAGCUCUUGGAAUUAAAGAACUAAAACCGACUACAGUUUCUCUCCAGUUAGCGGACAGAUCGAUCAGACGACCAGAUGGGGUAAUUGAGGAUGUUUUAGUUAAAAUUGACAAAUUUAUCUUCCUUGCAGAUUUUGUAAUUCUGAAUAUGGAAGAAGAUUCCGAGAUUCCCCUACUGCUUGGAAGGUCAUUCCUAGCCACCGCAAGAGCAAUGAUCGAUGUGGAGCAAGGAAAACUGAUGCUGGGGAUGAACGAAGAGACAGUCACCAUCGAUGUCUUCGAGUCAAUGAAACAUCCAUCAGACGGAGGAGACUAUUUUAUGAUUGAUAUAAUACAAGAAGCAGUUGAUGACACAAUAAAAGAGGAGAGUUCCCCACUCGAGUUAGAACAAAUCAAUGAAGAAGCUGAAAUAGCUGACAAAGAACCAGUGGUGGAAGAACUAGAAAGAAAGAAAGAUGACAUCCCUCUUGGAGCACCGAAGGUGGAACUUAAGGAGUUACCUCCAAAUUUGAAGUAUGCUUUCCUUGGUGACAACAACACAUAUCCAGUCAUCAUCAAUAAAGAGCUGUCAACCAUGGAAGAAAGAAAACUUCUCAAGAUGCUGAAGAAACACAAAGCUGCCAUAGGAUGGUCCUUCUCCGACUUGAAAGGUAUAAAUCAUUCCUUUUGUACUCAUAAAAUUCUAAUGGAAGAUGAUAUUAGACCUGUAAGGCAGCCGCAAAGGAAACUGAAUCCAAAUAUGAAAGAAGUGGUAAGGAAAGAGGUAGUUAAACUGUUAGAUGCAGGGAUGAUUUACCCUAUAUCUGACAAUGCAUGGGUAAGUCCUGUACAAACGGUAACCAAGAAAGGUGGAGUCAUCGUUGUAAAAAAUGAGAACAACAAGUUGAUUCCAACAAGGACAGUCACUGGGUGGAGGAUGUGGGUUGACUACAGAAGACUUAAUGCAGCCAGUCGGAAGGACCACUUCCCAAUUCCUUUCUUGGACCAGAUGUUGGAGAGACUAGCUGGCCAUGCCUUCUACUGCUUCCUGGAUGGGUACUCGGGCUACAACCAAAUAGCAGUAGCUCCAGAAGAUCAAGAGAAGACAGCAUUCACAUGCCCUUACGGAGUCUUUGCUUACCGGAGGAGCUGUUCGGCUUGUGCAACGCUCCUGCAACUUUUCAAAGAUCGAUUGACCACUGCACCUAUAAUCACUGCACCUGAUUUCACACUACCUUUUGAAUUAAUGUGUGAUGCUAGUGAUUAUGCUAUAGGAGCUGUCUUAGGACAAAGAAAGAAUAAAUGGUUGCAUGUGAUUUAUUUUGCUAGUAAAAUUCUAAAUGAUGCACAAAUGAAUUAUGCAACCACUGAAAAAGAGUUAUUAGCAGUUGUAUAUGCUUUUGAUAAAUUUAGACCAUAUUUGCUGGGGUCUAAAGUAAUUGUUUACACUAAUCAUGCUGCUUUAAAGUAUCUGUUGAAUAAGCAGGAUGCAAAACCAAGACUGCUCAAAUGGAUGCUACUUCUUCAAGAAUUUUAA